AGGAACUCACUAAUCGUAAAUCGUUAAUAUAAAUAAAUUAUUUAUUGAUAGCAGUGUGUCACAUUAUCUUCGGCCACAAUUCGUACUAAUCUAGCCAGAGUUUUAGUGAAUCAUUCGUGGUCGGUAGCUGGACGGCAGUGUUCAAAAUUCUUUAAAUCGCGUAACAAUAAAUGGCAAAACUAAAAAAAUGUGCCACUGUUAACAUCAUCACAAAAUUGGCGAAAAGCAAUUUUUGAAAUUCCUAAGACAGAAAUACAAAAAAAUAACUGAAUUUUCCGCUAAGAAAAAAUGCCCAUAUUACCCACAAUCAAAGAAGAGGAGAGCCAAACAUGGUUCCAACAAGUAUGGCAUGGUCGCAUUCAAUUGCUGCUGACAAUACCCGCUUCGUUAAUUCUCUUUGCGGGCGGCCUGAAGCUGGCUUGGACGGUGUAUGAGGCUCCGCCAAAUCGCUUUGACUACGACUAUGACAGCAGUCUUUUAAUUGUGGCGUUAUUUGUUGGUGGCAUUUUGGGAUGCAUUGCGGCCUCAACAUUCGUUGGACGUGUAACAAAAAAUAUUGCUCAUAUAACUAGUGGUUCCCUACUUGUUUUUGGUGGGAUACUAUUCGUGAUAUUACCAAACUCUUUCAUUGGCAUGGCAUUCAGUUGUGUGUUUGAAGGCAUGGCCAUGGGCUUGACACAGGUGCAGACGUUCGUUGUGGGUCCCGAAAUGUGCAGCAAGGAAAUGCGGGGUUUUGUGAUGGCAACAGAACGAUGCUCUCUCUGGUUCGGUAUACUCAUGCAACUGACAUUCACAUAUUUGUGGUAUGCACUCGAACCACCAUCCGGCUACCGCAGCCUGCAACCCGAUCAGAUUCACGGCAUUGUGGUGGCAUGCUUAGGAUUAGCAACCAUCGUUGGGGCUAUUAAACAACGCAUCGAAUCGCCACUACUGCUCAUCCAACAGCAACGUGAACAUGCAGCAAGCAGUGUCCUGAAACAGCUCAUCGGCACCCAAUUGACCACAACGGAAGUGAUGCGCGUGCGUGAGGACUGUGUCCAAUUAAUGGCAAUCGAUGCCGACCAGAGUGGGUGGUAUGUCUUUCGGAGAUUCAACGCCGGCCCAUUAUUCAAAUUGUUUAUUUUACGUGGCUUUGUUACGCUGACAAUGUCGCAGCCAUUCAAUCGCGUGUAUUUGUCCGCCAGUUGGUUAGGCUUCAAUUGUGACACCAAUUGUUUGUACACCAUGGCGGCCACUGGAGCAUGUGGCAGUUUAUUGGGUUGCCUGCUAAUCGACAGAUACGGCCGGCGUAGAAUGUGUGUAGCUACAAUGCUGCCGGCCACAAUAUUUAUGCUCAUAACUGGUGGCAUCAUGGAAUAUUUGGUAAAUACCAAUGCAGCCAUUGUUCAGCUAGAUUUGGAAAUUAUUGCCCUCCUAAUGCUGCUUUUCCAAUUUAUCAUUUGCGUUGGGGUUUCCAUAGCGGCCAGUGUCUAUUUGUCAGAGGCAUUCACCGUCACGCAAAAGGCUAAGUGCGUGGCAGCGGUAUUGAUUGGCGAGCAUACACUCCAAUUGGCACUAGCCUUAGUGUCGGCCUUGGCGACCAUCAAUGGAACGGUUUUCUUCUUCAUCAUGGGAUUUCUCUGCAUGCUACUGGGAUUGUGUGUAUUCUUUUUGAUGCCCGAAACAAAGUGUUUGACUUUAUAUGAAUGUUUGCAAAAGUUCAAAAGAGCCUAGUUUGAACUGCUACACUAUCGCGUACUCACUAACCCACUCACACAUACGCACGCAUAACUUAGAGCAGGCAUUGAAUUAGCCUUAAUUAGAAAAAUUUGCAUUGGCAUCGAGCGAAUGGGUAGUCGUCGCAUACCCCGCAAAUGAUUGAUUAAAUAAUGGAUGGCAUUUGAUGAAGAUGUGACACAAUGGCGGCCACAACGUACAUACAUGUGUAUAUUAUUCUGAGUCGAUAGAUUGAUAGAUAAACGUGUACAUAACUAUGUCUGUAUGCAUACGUAUGUAUGUAUUUUACGUCGAAUAAAGAAUUGAGUAUGUAUUUUAUAUAAUUUAUUAAUCAAAUGUUCAUUACCUUUCGUUGACAUCGUUGUGAUCCCAUUCCACAUGUGACAGACAGCGGAAGACAUUCACCGCUUGGGGGCUCCUUGAUAAUAAUGAUGAGAACCAACUUAAACUACACUCAAUUAAAAUAUCUGGUAAAGGUUUGAAUUUAUAAAAAAUAAGUUAUAUGCCAGGAGCAAGCAUAUUAUUAGCCAGAAUAACAUUUUAAUG